UCGGCCAUUUCGUCGGCACAGACCAUCAGCCGCAGAGGGCACCGGGGAUACAUCCAGUCUACUGCUUAACCUGAACGAAAACACCACCAACAACACAACACCAUGUCUGAAACCGCCAUCUCUUUCGCCAAGGAUUUCCUGGCUGGUGGCAUCUCCGCCGCCAUCUCCAAAACAGCGGUCGCCCCGAUCGAGAGAGUGAAGCUUCUCCUUCAGGUCCAGCAUGCCAGUAAGCAGAUCACCGCUGACAUGCAGUACAAGGGUAUCAUGGACUGUGUUACCCGUAUCCCCAAGGAGCAGGGCUUCCUUUCCUUCUGGAGAGGUAACCUUGCCAAUGUCAUCAGAUACUUCCCCACCCAAGCCCUCAACUUCGCCUUCAAGGACAAGUACAAGAAGGUCUUCCUUGAUGGCGUCGACAAGCGCACCCAGUUCUGGAGGUAUUUCGCCGGUAACCUGGCCUCCGGUGGCGCCGCCGGAGCCACCUCUCUGUGUUUCGUGUACCCCCUCGACUUCGCCCGUACCCGCCUGGCAGCUGACGUGGGAAAGGCUGGAGCUGGGAGAGAGUUCAACGGCCUGGGCGACUGCCUGGCGAAGAUCUUUAGGUCCGAUGGUCUGAAGGGCUUGUACCAGGGCUUCAACGUGUCCGUGCAGGGUAUCAUCAUCUAUAGGGCUGCAUACUUCGGCAUCUACGACACAGCUAAGGGUAUGCUUCCAGAUCCUAAGAACGCCCACAUAUUGGUGAGCUGGAUGAUUGCACAGUCCGUGACAGCUGUCGCUGGCCUGACCUCAUACCCCUUCGACACUGUCCGUAGGCGUAUGAUGAUGCAGUCUGGACGUAAAGGAGCUGACAUCAUGUACACCGGGACCAUCGACUGCUGGCGCAAGAUCGCACGUGACGAGGGUGGCAAGGCCUUCUUCAAGGGAGCCUGGUCCAACGUGCUCCGAGGCAUGGGUGGCGCCUUCGUGCUGGUGUUGUACGAUGAGCUGAAGAAAGUCAUGUGAAUCUUCACACGUUGUCACAUCACUGUCCAAUUUGGCUAACUGUAAUAAUUUUCCAUUUCUAUGGACUCAGCAUUCUGCCUUAUUUAUGGGAACAAAAGUUUAGUGUCUCAUCACUAGCCGUGGGCGAUGGCUGUAUGUUGUGCAUCUUUUUAUGAUUUUAAACGUUCCACACCAUCUUUACAAUGUCAUUCCUGUAAAAAACUGAUACCUCCUGUCACUAUGGUCCCAAGUUGAAUAAAUUUAUUCUGGGGAACAACUAUACCAUUGACGUCAACUGUCUCCAUCCCAGUGUUCCAGCAUGAGAUGAGCACUUGUAGGAUAUGCCAUGCAUGAAGUAGAUUAUACCCAACGGCUAUAUUUAUCCACACUUAUCUCUCCCUGAGCCUUCCUGGUUUGACCUGUAGUCACUCGUAGAGGAGGUGACCUGACCACUGGCUGCUUUGAAAAUUGCUUGACACACCACUCAGAUUUAAAUUGAAGUCAUUUUGCAUUGGCAUGUCCCUGACAGUAUAUGGUUUAUAGAUUACCAUUACCAGCAGCUCGAGAUAAGUCUUAACUAGUGCAGUUUAAACCGGUUUUCAUGUAAUGCAAGGGCAUUUUCUUUUUUUUGUGUGUGCGUCACAUUGCACGACAUUACACGAUACAAAUCACUAUUGCUUUGGACUCAAAUGAACAUACGUUUCCAUGAAUACUUGUCUGAAAAACGUGGGGUUGUAAAUGUGAGAAUGUAGCCGACUAAAUGAUGAAGAAAAACCACAAUAAAUCUAGGUUCACUAAG